ACUGCAGCAGCUGCUUGUUGCUUUUCAUUCCAGUGACAAGGACUAAACCUGUUGUCAGCUACCUACCCUCCUGCUUGCCCAGUUCUCAGCAUGUGCCGGGGUUUAGCUGCACUUUCCACCUGCUUGGAGAGAGCCAAACAACUCAAGACCCGUUUAGGGAUCCUGGUUCAUAAACCAGAGUUGGGACAUGAGGCUGACAGCUUCAACACAUCUGAGCAGGGCACCAAACUGAGAAACUCCUCAGAGGAAGCACUAGAAUGGAAGAAGUCCUUUGAUCACCUGCUGAAGAGUAAAAAUGGGGUGGCUACAUUCCAUGCCUUCCUGAAGACAGAGUUCAGUGAGGAGAACCUUGAGUUUUGGCUGGCUUGUGAGGAGUUUAAAAAGUCCCGGUCAAAAACUAAACUGUCAUCCAAGGCCCACAGGAUUUUUAAGGAGUUUGUUCAAAAUGAAGCACCUAAAGAGGUGAAUAUUGACCAUGAAACCAGAGAAAUAACCCGGAAGAACCUGACAGUGGCUACUACUUCUUGUUUCGAUGCUGCACAGGUGAAAACUCGCACUUUGAUGGAGAAGGAUUCCUAUCCCAGGUUCCUGAAAUCUGCCUCCUACCAGGACUUGACAGUGGAAAUCACCAGCAAGCAGUUGCAUACCUGAUCCAAGUCACCUGCACUGCCAGAAACUGGGGGGAGAAGGGAAGAGCCACAUUGUGAAGCAAAGGUAGAGGAGGCAGGAGCCUGAGAAACAGCGACUGAGCAGAAAGAGCUCUGAGCAGUGGGGUUUUGGCUAAAGUCCUGGGAUUUUAUCCUUAUCAGGAUCCCUAGAAUGUCAAAUGCUUCCAUGGACCUCCGAGCUACAGUGAGGAGCAUCUGUCCCCCAUCACUGGUGUGGGAGAUGCUGAAAUGGGAACUGUUGGGAGAGAGGGAGAUGGGUGGACAGUUGCUUAUAUGCAAGCAAGCGCUUCAGUGACGGGUAGUGGGGAAAAAGUAUGCAAGAAGAGAUUUGCACUAAAAGAAAGGGGGUGGAGCUGGAUGAGAGGCUCCAUCUGAGUGGCAGGUUCCACUGGAAACAGGGUAGAUUGAAUCCCCCCCCAAAAUGUCCUCCAUCUGAUGUUGAACUUUGUGCAUACAGACAUGCAUGAAGAGAAAGUCUCAGUCUGCUCUCAAGACCCUGCCUCUGUACCGACACAAAUUACAAACUAUACAUAGCGCUCAGAAGUUUGCAAUUUCCACAGUGCUAGGGCCGAUGAACCCACAAUUGUCUGCAUGUUCUUGCACCAGCUGGAAUUUCCACUAUCUCAAAUCAUAAAGAUACAAGCACAACUUUGGGUUUUCAGCCACAGGAGUCCUGCAUCUGCUUGUUUUGACUGAGAGGGAUUUCAGAUUCUAUUCUGCCCUCUCCAAUGCAUGCUCUGGGUGACCCUUUACACCUCCUUCCAAUAAGACAUCAGCAUAGCAUGAACAUUUUUUCCUCCCUCACAAACUAUAUGAGCUCAUGUUUUGGUCCUCUAAAUUAUGUGCAAUCUUGGAUUGCCUGUCCCACUUUUUAUUAUUGAUAAAAUUUCAUAGAUGAGCACAGCACUUUACAAAGUACAUACUUUGGAUAAGCCCUUGCCCUGAGGAGCUUACAACUGAAAUUGGAUUUAUUGUAGAUACCACAGUCCUUUUGAUACCAUGGUGACAGGCACGACAUAAAAACCCAAGAGAGGUAGGUAGAGAGAACUCCAAUACAGUCCAAGGAUGAGGCACAAGAGUGGCAAAAGCUGGAGUCCUAAUUGGUCGGGCCUGGCAUUGUUGUUUUUUUUUUUAGAAGACAUGGGAAAGGGGAAGGUUGAUAGAUUUAUCGUAUGAGUGUGGAAUUGGAGAAUGAUGUUUAAAAAGGCCCAAAGGACCAGAUUUUUAAAAGGUAUUUAGGCUACUAACUCCCAUAAUUUUUUUUUUUAUCAUUUGUGUUUUCACCUGCAAAAUGUGCCCUUUGGUGAUUGUGCCAGGGCUCCUCUUUUUACGUGCCUUCUUCAAAUACAGAAGCUCGCUAAAACCAUGCCUCCUCCCCUGUGCCUGUGCCUCUGCUGCCAUGAAAGGAGCCCUGCAAAAUAUAGAUUAGGAGAUAGACCUCUUCUCCACACAAUCUUCCCCCAAUAGGCUCAUGGAAUUUAUGUUUCUCAUGGAUGUGCCUACAGAGAAAGUCAAAUAGGUGCUUGAAUGAAAUAUGGAAGAGGAAAUAUGGAGAUUUCCCUUGGUUUUAAAUCUGGGCUUAAGUCCUCUAGCUGGCGAGAUCAAUAGGCAGAAUAAUGAGCAGGUUACUUGCAUUUAGUGAUCCACACAAAAUAGAGUUCUGAGAGAUGAAGCUAAGCAUAAAGCUCUGAGACAGUGAAAGUGGUUGGAAGAACACAUUUAACCAGAAGUUGCUGCCCAACGCUUCUCUGAGGGGCU